AUGCACGAAUAUAUCCUGCCCGUCACAGAUCUCGCGCUCGCCCUUGUUGAGGGUGGCAUCGAUCCCGGCGCUUGGGAACAUGCAGCAUCACUCCACAUGCCGUGUGACGGGCACGACAGCGGCCGAAAUAACAGCUGGGAGCGAACCUCGCUUACUAUUGGCUCUCACGAGGAGGCAACCGGCGGUCUGGUCACCAUGAGUUGA